AUGCCGCCGAAGCGGUUCGUGUUCGCUGACCUCAAUGCACUGAACCACGACGAACGCGCUCACAUGGAAGCGCUCCGAAGCGAUUUCUCGGCUCAAGACUUGGCUCAAGAAUUUCCCAUUGACGCUCACAAGCUGACCGAGCUGCUCUCCCACCCUCACGGCGAGCCAAAUUUCUUUCGAGGCACGCACUACAAGUUACCCGCGGAGGACAUUAAGAGUUUUCCAGACGCUGGCUGGGACGUGAGGGCGAAAAGCGCGCCCGAGCACCGUACGCUGGAAAAUCUGCUCAAACGCAACCUCGCAGACGACACGAAUGGAGCUCUGGGAAUCGGGAAGAAGACCAUGGUGCUCGUAGGCGGAGAGCCAACCGACACCGUUCUCAAUCGUGUGGAGAUAUACUUCGAGGCCGGAUGGUCUGUGCAGUUGUACUGCUUUCGAGACAAAGGCUCGGAGGUGUCGGACUCGCUACGAUUAAAGCACGGGUCAAGCUUUCAGAAUCUCUUCCUGGGUGGCUUGGCCAAGAACAUUUUGAAGGGUGAAACCCAAGGAAGCGUUACCCUCGCCGGGGAUUCAGCGACUAGAGCGCUAGUCGAUACCACGACAGUGUGCAGUUCUCCAUCAGGUGCCAGCGGUGAGGAGCGGUUCAUAUUGAUGAACCUUGACGACAUUUUGGGAACGCUGGCAAGAAGUUAUUCAUUGUACAAUAAGGUUCAAGGGGCGAAAUCACCGAUCAACGUUGGAGUCGACCUUAAAGCGUUGACCAAGUUGGUGUGCGGGAAUGGUUCCGCUAAAGUACAGCGGCAGGUGGCGAUGCAUUCUGAAGCCACCACUGCUCAAGCUCAGGCCUUGCUUGAAAACGGAUGGGCGUUAAGCAAGCAGACCGCGACGAUGGUGCCGACCGUCCUGUCCGAGUUUUUGACGCAGCUACUUGCCAAAGAUGUCACGGCAAGUUCGAAGACGCUGGUUCUGGUGAUGGGUGAUCAGUGUCUGACCGUCGCUAGCAAGGUUGUCUACAGCCGCAUUCUCGCGGAGUUCCUGGCGCGUCGAGAUCCACCUCUGGCGGGAGGCGUUAAGCAGCGAGUUCCUGAACGUCUUUGUAACCCAUCGCAACCAAGUGGUGAUUAA